AUGUCCAUCGCACCUGCGGACAGACCCCUAGGGAUUCGGGCCAUUCUCUGGCUCGAGAAAUAUAUGCCCACUAUAUUUCUCGUGCUGUUUAUAGCGCUGGCCUGCCUAUCCGGUGCCUUUCACCACAGAGUCUAUUCACAUCCGGAGCUUUUCGAGCCGCCAUAUAGCCCCUAUAUCAAGCCCGGCACAGACGGGCCGUUAAUAGCAACAUGUAUUGGGGUGGCAGUGUUCCUCCUGUCUAUCUUUAUACCACAUAGUGGACUGUGGUGGUUCGCUCGCGUCGUUACUCGCUUCGGUCUUGCUACGGGUCUCGUCGCUUCUGCCGUCCUUCAAUCGCGAUAUAUGCCGCUUCCUCUAGGAUCAUGCGAAAAUGAUAACGUGUGGCGAGACCCCCCUGGCAUCACAGAAGGAACACCCACAAUGUUCGAGGUACUACCGAUUCAGUCGGGCAAAGGUAAAUUCGGUAGGCGUUAUAGAAAUCGGCCAUGUGAGGCACUAGUCACUAUUUGGGGGUUCGAGAUUGCCUUGGCGGUUUUGACCGCACUCUUGGGUCUCUGUGCCUGUCUCCUCGUUGCGCAUGCAGUCAUCGCAGAUAAUCCAGCGAUAUCGGCGCCUGUGGGCGCGGCUCUUCAGUGGCUUGGGAAGCCUUUCAAGUCUGCAGCGGGCUGGGGUAAGGGCAAGGAAAGGAAGGAAGCUGAGGCAAAACUGCUUGCUACCGACCCCGAAGGGUUGGAAUAUGUCGAUCAUGAGAUGGGCAUCAGAGUCCGUCCGGUAUGA